CCUGGAGACCACAGGUGUAAGAGCCAGCGCUGUGCCCCAAGCAGGACGGGCUCCUGAAGCUGGCAGGAGACAACUGGGGAACAAGCUCAAUCAGGGCUAAUGAGGAAACUGAAUUGGACUCCUGCCUGAUCCCUCACUGUGGUAGGAUGAAUGUGGGGGUGGCACACAGCGAAGUAAACCCCAACACUCGAGUGAUGAAUAGUCGGGGCAUCUGGCUGGCCUACAUCAUCUUGGUAGGACUGCUGCAUGUGGUUCUCCUCAGCAUCCCUUUCUUCAGCAUUCCUGUUGUCUGGACCCUGACCAACGUCAUCCAUAACUUGGCCAUGUAUGUCUUCCUGCAUACAGUCAAAGGGACACCCUUUGAAACGCCUGACCAAGGAAAGGCUCGGCUUUUGACACAUUGGGAGCAGAUGGACUAUGGACUACAGUUUACCUCCUCACGAAAGUUCCUCAGCAUCUCUCCUAUUGUACUCUACCUCCUGGCCAGCUUCUACACCAAGUAUGAUGCUGCUCACUUCCUCAUUAACACUGCCUCGCUGCUCAGCGUGCUGCUGCCUAAGCUACCCCAGUUCCAUGGGGUUCGUCUCUUUGGAAUCAACAAAUACUAAAAGAUGGGUUGCUAGUUCUGCAGGCAUUGAGGGAAGGCACUGGAAC